AUGUAUAACACUCUUCGAGUAAGAGAUCAAAUCUCUCGUUCGCACGCUCCCUCCUCCUCAAAUCCUCCUCCCUUCCUCUCACAGAGCCUCAACUGGUGGACCCCACCCCUCUCCCUCCCAACCCUCUCCCUCCCAACCCGCCUCCGGCAGCCUCCUCUACCACCAGCCUCCUCUACCACCAAAACUGGCGCUCCCCUCUCCCUCUCCAACUCGCUCGCCCCCGUCGGUUUAUACAACCGUGCCUCCUCCGACCCCCUCGACCCUCAUGUGCUCUUCGACCUCUUCGAUGACUGCAUGGCCUCGCACCGCUGGACCGAGGUCAAGUGCCUCUUCGAGACCUGGGUCCGCGCCCUCGACAAGAAUGGCAAACCCAACAGCCCCGACGUCAACCUCUUCAACCACUACCUCCGCGCCAACCUUAAUGCUAGGAUGCUGCAAACAGGAAAUGACGCUCUCCCUGACGACGAAUCAUAUGACUUAGUCAUUGGAAUGCUCUUUUCCAUAGUCCAGACACUUGAGGCCAGUCGAAACAGUCUCACGGGACAAAUUCCAAGCAUGGGGAAGUUUCAAUAUCUUGAUAUCGUAUCUCUGUCUUGGAACAAUCAGAUAUCAGGAAAAAUUCCUGCAACAAUAGGAAAUUUAAUUGGCUUAACUCUCUUAACGAUGGAAAAAAACCGCAUUGGUGGAAAUAUUCCAACAACUUUUGGGAAGUUUCAAAAGAUGCAAAAGUUAAAUUUGGGUGCGAACAAGCUGUCAGGAGAGAUUAGUGCCUACAUAGGCAACCUUACUCAAUUGUAUCAUUUGGAAUUAGAAGAAAAUUUGUUAGAAGGGAAUAUUCCUCCAAGCAUAGGAAACUGCCAGAACUUACAGUACUUAGACCUGUCACAUAACAAACUGACAGGAACCAUACCCUUGGACCUUUUUAAGCUUUCCUCUCUAACAAAAUUGUUGAAUUUGUCACUGAACGCAUUGAGUGGUAGCAUACCUGAAGAAGUAGGCCACCUAAGAAAUCUUGGUUGGCUAGAUAUGUCUGAGAAUCACUUGUCUGGUGGAAUUCCUCAAACUAUCGGAGAUUGCAUAGAAAAGAGUAAGAAAGUACCUUCGGAUUCACCAACCAUUGAUCAGUUGGCCACAAUUUCAUAUCAAAGCCUACACAAUGGAACUGAUGGGUUCUUAGCCACAAACUUGAUAGGGUCUGGACAUUUUAGCUCUGUAUACAAAGGAACUCUUAAGGAGUUCGAAGACAAAGUUGUUGCCAUAAAGGUCCUAGAUCUUCAGAAAAAGGGAGCUCCCAAGAGUUUCAUUUCCGAAUGCAACGCACUACGAAACAUUAAACAUAGAAAUCUGAUUCAGAUUUUGACAUGUUGUUCCAGUGUAGAUUACAAAGGUCAAGAAUUCAAAGCUCUAAUUUUUGAGUACAUGACAAAUGGAAGCUUAGAGCAAUGGCUGCAUCCGAGAAAAUUGAGUCUUGAUCAAAGAUUAAACAUCAUGGUCGAUGUCGCCUCUGCAUUACAUUAUCUUCAUCAUGAAUGCCAGCAACCAAUAAUUCAUCGUGAUUUAAAGCCAAGUAAUGUCCUUCUGGACAAUGAGAUGGUUGCCCGUGUGAGUGAUUUUGGCAUAGCAAAACUUCUUUCAACCAUCAAUGGUACCACUUCUAAGCAAACAAGUACAGUUGGAAUAAAGGGGACUCUUGGCUAUGUUCCUCCAGAGUAUGGAGUGGGUCUUGAAGUAUCAACUUCUGGCGACAUGUAUAGCUUUGGGAUUCUUAUGUUGGAAAUGCUUACAGGAAGAAGUCCCACAGAUGAAAUGUUUGAAGAUGGUCAAAAUCUUCGUAACUUCAUUAUAACUUCAUUUCCUGAUAAUCUUCUGCAGAUUUUGGAUCCACGACUUAUUCCAACAUAUGAAGCACCACCGUUGAAAGGAAACAAUUGGAAUCUUGAUCCAAAUGUUGAGAUGUGCAUACUUUCCCUUUUUAGAAUUGGACUUUCUUGUUCUUCGGAAUCACUAAAAGAUAGAUUGGAUAUUGCUGAUGUCACUCGGGAGCUUAACAGAAUCAGUGAGACCUUUCUCGUUGGUGUUCAGAAAACUCCUGGUGGCCUCAUCUUCCGCCAGAGAUGGAACAACAUGCAGUUUGUCACAAGUGCCUCAUUUUUAGCCACUGUCUAUUCUGACUACCUUGCUUCUUCUGGUAGAAACUUGAGAUGUAAUUCAGGAAAUGUUGCUCCUGCCGAGCUUCUCUCCCUUGCAAAGUCUCAGGUAAUUCUACCCCCUGCAUUCCCUUUCAUAGUUUCACUUGGUUAG